AUGAAAUUGGGCCGCAACUGCGACUGCCCGCCUACUCGAUGUGUAUCAAUCAAGACGGUCCUCCUAGGCACCCCUCUGGUGGGCCAGUUUGAACCACAUUUUCUCAAAAUCAUGCACACCUCUGUGUGUGUAUGUGUGUGUAUGUGUGUAUUCUCGAGAGGCCGACUUAAAUGGAGCACUUACGAGGGUCCAGUGGUAAUAUCCGUCUCUUUGCCCGGUACCGGAGCUUGCCCCACCCGCCAGUUGGGGCCGGCCUGCAAUCACCAUAAACUUAUUCGUCCGAACCAGCCUCCUCUAGUCCCAGUUUCACAGGCGUCCGUGGUCCAGACGAGCCUAGGCCUUCUCGGCAUGUCUCCAGACUCCAAUGUUCACGAUUCCCCCAACACCAGUUGGUCGUAUCCCCUCGUCUGGGCUCGACUCAUCCUCCUCUUGAAUGUGCAUUUCAUUUGCGAUCUCUCUCUCUUUCUCGUAAAAUCGUCUUCGUCUUCCGCCCAUUCUCCACAACGUUGGUUACCAUGUGCUGUAAACACCACCCGAGUGACCUGUGCCUCGUGA